GGCCCUCCAGUACCAGUGUAGGUAUCAAUCUUAAGUGGAACAAUUCAAUCUCAAGUGCAACCAAUCAAAUAAAUCCAGCCCGAUAGCACCUGAAAUAAGGGUGGGUUCAGCCCAAACCAGUCCAAGCUGAGGGAUGACUUGUUAAAACGGCUGCAGCGUGUUUCCUCCCCCUAAAAGAUGACUUCCUCGGUGAACCAUCGCGUGACCGCGUAACUAUUAUGGAACUCAACCAGUGGUUUCUAGUGCUGACAACCCUCAUUUGGUGCAGCCUGUUUGGACAAUAUGACUGCGGUGUUAGCAAGGAACAGAUAGAAAAAACGGCUCAAAUGUUUCGGCAGGUGUGUCAACCAAAGCACAAACUUUCGGAUGAAAUUUUGGAAGGUGGUAAAAACGGGGUCUUUCCCGAUACAAAAAACUUCAAAUGCUAUGUUAGCUGUCUGAUGGAUAUGAUGCAAGUGACCAAAAAAGGUAAAAUAAAUUACGAAAAGUCCCUCAAACAAAUUGAUCAACUGCUACCUGAGGACUUCAAACCGGACUACAGGAAAGGUUUGGAUGCAUGUAAGGAUGCUGCUCAAGGAGUAAAAGAUCAUUGCGAGUCGGCGUACGUUCUACUGAAUUGUUUCUAUGCUAACAAUCCUAAAUUUCUCUUCCCGUAAAAGCUGAUGUAAGUGUGACGCUAACGAUUUUUGGCCAACGAUUUGAACAAUGUGAUAUCUUUUAUGAAUAAAUUUGUUGUUAGUUAGUGUUGAUAAGUGUUUUGUGUUUAGAUUAUGCACCUCAGAGAAAAUAUAUAAUAUACUUAUUCAU